CUACGGAUUCCACAAUACUGAUUGACAGUAUCUCAGCUCAUUCCUCUUUCGAGCUCACCCACAGGCGAAGGUGCGGACCGUUGCCCCCAGCCUUCCCUUUUUUGACGACUUCGCUUUCCUUCUUUUACGCCGUUCUUACGCCCUGCCACGUCAAGCAUGCGCUACCCCGCCGUUAUAUCUGCUGUAUUCAUCGCAGCAGCCGCGGCACCUGCACUAGCCGCCCCUUCGGGACUCGGCGUCCGUGCGGUGGAAGAAGAUGCACUCGUACAGCGUAGCUUCGACGACGAGCUCUACGCUCGGGACCUGAUCUUCGGACGGGCAGACAAGCCCGACAAAUCGCAUCGACACUAUGGCAGUCUCCCCGUGCUACACCUACCCCGACCCCCGCCCAGGGGGAAGUCUCCGAGUAAGGAUCUGGGGCACCCUAAGCCCGUGCCCAGUGCGAAGGCUUCCGCUCCGCCGAAGCAGAGGGAGGCUCGAGACCUGUGAGUCUCUUCCUCUUCCUCGUGACUAGCCCCUACUCACGGUACAUACCAGCGGCG